UUCAAAGCAUUAGGAAGCCCAUAUUGUGGUUGCUGGAAUAAGUUGGUAUGCUGAUAGUCGUAAGUUUGACGUGAUGUCUCAUGCUGAUUUCCAAUACUCGGUUCUUCAAAGUCUGGCGCGCUGGGCUGACGCAUUCGUCGAUUUUGCCUCCAAUCAUUUUCUUCUUCGUCGUCAGAAAGAAAUUGACGUCUUUCUUGGCGCAGCGGAGUUUGAUUGUCGACCAUGUUCGCUGAUGUUGAUCCUUGUACACUAGGCGCUCUUGGCGAAUUAUUGCUGUUGCUAUCUGUCGUCAUUUGCCGAAUAACCCUGUACGCUUUGAUCCGGUUGAUCACUUCAUUUGCUCUGUCGACCAAUUUGGAGACUGGC